GGCACAUGCAAAGUAAUAGCUUCUUUCUAACGUCUUCACUAAUAACGCUCUACUAGUACGGAGAAAAUAGCUACGCCGAUACUAAAAUGUCAGAAGCACAGCCCUGUGGUAGCCCCUCCGCGGUGGAAGAGAGACCGGAUAUAGCACCCAAGCGAAGAAAGCUCCGGAAAGGCACCCAAAGCUGCUGGGAAUGCAAGCGGCGCAAAAUCCGGUGCACCUUUGCAGCGCCUACAGACGCCACCUGUGAUGGGUGUAAAAGUCGUCAAACAAAGUGCAUUAGUCAGGAAUUACCUGAUGACACGGCAUCUACAAGAAAACACGACAAUAGGCUUAGCCGGCUAGAAUCUCUAGUCGAACAACUGGUUCAGCGGGACAGUCGACUCAAGCAAGAUGAGGUCCUACAUCGAACUGUAAGAAACGCCACCAAUAUUUCAAGCCAUUUAGGUACACCAAACACUCAUGGUACUUACCCUAAUCUGUCUCCCUCCGCGGCGACAGCAAUCCCUGGCCUGGGGCUAGCGAGUCAAGCGACCGGAAAUCUUGAUGGUCUAUCCCGUGCUCUCCUAGAAGCGUGGCCUAGCCAAGAGGACCUCGAUAUAAUCUUAAGCGUCCCGGUCCAUGUUUCGAUAUUAUUUCAUGGCGUGGUCUUUCGACCGUACUCCGAGUUUUUCUCCGGGGAAAUGGCGUCAACGCGGUGUAUGCUACAGCCACCUUCACAGGGAUCACAUCCAGUCCUGAUCGCAAGAAAAUUAUUGCUACUAGCCACACUCUUACAAGGUAUCCCGCCCAGCUCUACGAGCGGACUCGUCGGUCUGAGUUUAGACCACCAUGAUCUUAUGUCUCUUGUGUUCAACGCCGCUACUAGGUUAGUGACAAGUAACGACGAACUCAUCAACUCCCUUGAGGGCAUUGAGUGCAUCAUGGUGGAGAGCAUGUGUUUGGAUAACGCAGGGUCCCUCCGCCGCGCCUGGCUAGCAAACCGUAGAGCUAUGGCCGCAGCGCAGAUGAUGGGACUACACUCCGGCACCAGCUCCCCGGUUAUCAUCGAGAGCGAAACACGGGAUCGUAUUAACCCUGAUUACAUGUGGUUUCGCAUUGUCCUCACAGAUCGAUAUCUGUCGUUAAUGCUAGGUCUUCCCCAAGGUACACCCGAAAACGUUUUUGCCAGUCCAGAUGCACUCGACAAGUGCAUGGAUGUGGAACGCAUGGAGCGUAUGGCGGCAGUUGCUUCUAGUCUUAUUCUCCAGCGAAAUAGUGCCGAAAGGACCGACCCCGUGGCGACGCGCAAGAUUGACAAGAUCCUGCAGGAUGCUGCCGCGAUAAUGCCACCACGGUGGUGGCUGAUGGCUUCUGAUCCCACUACCAUUACUAGAGAUGGCGCAAAGGCGUUUGAGGAAUCUGUCCGCCUUAUGAAUCAGUUCGCAUACUAUCAUCUUCUCGUUCGGGUGCAUUUGCCGUAUAUGAUGUUGCCUUCAUCAGUUGAGCCCAGCUACGAUUACAGCAAGAUGACUGCUGCAAGUGCCAGUCGCUCAAUCGUUACGCUGUUCGUUUCAUUUCGAGACUCCUGUCCAAAUAAUAUCUACUGUCGCGGCGUCGAUUUCGUUGCUUUUAUUGGAAGCAUAGUUUUAUGUCUUGCGCAUAUCGAAGUUCGUCGCCAGCUCAACACCGAUAAUGGCAAAGACAUCGGCAAUUUUCAAUCCCUUCGCCACCAACGAUUAGGCGAUCGUGGACUACUCGAACGUACCCUCGAAAUAAUGGAGGCAAUGGCUGAAAUUCAUCAGGAUGUCAUUGCCCAAAAGAUCUCUAGCAUCCUCCGGCCAUUACUCGCUAUUGAGGAUAACUCUUUCCAAGGAGGUUGUUACCAUGUUCAUGCCUCCUCAGAGGUUACCAAGCAGGAGUCUCAGUGUAUUGGUAAUACGAAGGAUGCUUUCCACGCGCUCCAUAUACAUAUCCCGUACUUCGGGAUUAUCCAGAUCGAACAUCACCCUCCCCUUCCAAAUUCGGUUGAGCUAGCGCAGUCCGGGAGCCUUCCUGUAUCGCGAUACACUGACACGGGUCUUGUCACCCUUCACGAACCAGUCUCCACGCUCAACCGAGAUAAAGGAGGAACGUCCCCCCAAACCCGCCCACCAGGCUAUGAAUUCAGCGUCGUCGAGCCUGUUAAUGCUGAUUGGCAAGCCAUUCCGUCGUCUUUCGAUACAAGUGCGUCGCAAGAGAACUACCUUAAUCUGUUAGUCCCGGGCCUGGAGGCAGGCAUAGAUGACUGGACGCUACAAGGUGUCGACAUGGCUUUAUUCAGUGAUCUCACACAAGACUCGGCGGACUCAACCCACUAAUAGUGAGCCAGUCCGGCAUGCUGCCUACUCCAUGCUAUUUAAUUGCUGGCAAAGAAGCCCAAGGGUUCCAUGACGCUGCCUAUUCAGUACCUACCACAUAUAACAGGAUAAGACUAGGCUAAGAAAUGAACAAUAUGGUCUAUGGGGGAGGGUUGAAUACACACGAUGAGGACUCAUUCAAGUCUCAGAUAUGUGAGUCAUAUCUAUCAUGAGACACGGAGUAUAUCAUAUGAAAAGGUAGCUUACUAAUUAACAGACUGGCAUACAUGACUAUCAAAGAUUUUCCGCAAGGAAGCCG